AUGAGCCGUUUCACCAACGUCGUCGGCGGAGCGUUCAAAUUCUCUGAUGGACACGAGAUGCCGAAGGUUGGCCUCGGAAUCUCGCGCAUUGCUACGCAAGAGGACCUCGACGUCUCUGUCGAAGCCGCUCUCAAGUCCGGCUAUCGUCUCUUCGACACUGCGAAUCUUUACAUGAACGAGCAUUACCUGGGAAACUCUCUCAAGGUAUUCUAGUUCUUAUUAUAUUCCUUCAUCCGAAUUCUCCGUGUUCAGAAAUACCUCCCGGUCUUCGGAUUGACGAGAGAGGACGUCUUCAUCACCACAAAGGUCCGUACUCUCAACGAGAACACUGUCGAGGAGACUGAGAAACAGAUUGCCAACUCGCUCGCUUUGCUGCAAUCCGAGUAAGUGCUCUUUAUCUUUUCCUCUAUCCAUUCAGUCCAUUUUCAGCUACAUCGACCUGCUUCUUGUGCACUAUCCACGUGACCGUGACACUGGACACGACGACGAUUACGAGGUCAACAAGAGCAGAAGGAAGACGGUCUGGCAAACACUCGAGAAGGCCAAGGGUGCGUUGAUUUGAUCUGAUAAGGAGCCGUGACAAAAAAGAAAAAACUCAAUGCGAUCAAAAAGUGACGGAAUUUAAAUUUCAGAACAAGGCAAAGUCCGUUCGAUCGGAGUGUCCAACUACGAAGUGUAUCAUCUCGUCGAAAUGUUCGAGUACGCCAAGAUCCGUCCGGUGCUCAAUCAGUACGAAUACCAGCCGUACCUGACCCGUCCGACGCUCAAAAAGUUCAACGAACUCCACAAUAUCGUCGUCCAAUCGUACUCCUCGCUGUGCUGGGGCGACAAGGAGAUCCUGGCGGAGCCCGUGGUCCUGCAGCUCGCCCAAAAGUACAAGACGACCGCGCAGGCGGUUCUGUACGCCUUCGCCUACCGCAGCGACACGUCGAUGAUUCCAAAGUCGGCGACGCCGUCUCGUAUUCAUGACAACCUUCACACCGUGAGAACUUUGCCCGUGUCCGGGGUGUGUGACUCAUUCCGUCUAAAUUUCAGACGAUCCAAAUCCAGCUGACCGACGAGGAACUGGCCUCGCUCCGUGCUCUCGAUAAGGGAAAAUCGUUCCCGCCAAUCGGACAGACCUGGAGAUGUUUGUAG